CGUAUAAGCUGCACAUAACAAAUACUUCAUCUUUGAACUUGUAUUAACUAGCUUAAAUAGCAUGCUUUUGAAAGUGUAAUAAAACUGAUAAUAAUUAACAGAUAUAUUGAUUUUAUUCUAUUAAGUGACAUUUUUGAAAUUAAAAUAGAAAAUCACAUACAAUUAAAUUGAUUGAAAUAUUCUUAAAAAAAAAAAAAAAGAAGGUGAAAAUACAGUAAUACCUAAUACGUUGUAAUUUUGUAUGUACAGUAUACAAUCGUACUUGAUUGGUUUAUAGAUACUAAGAAGUCCACCACCUAAGACUGAAGACUGUCACUGGGACUCCAUUUAACACUCUCUUCCACACUUUCACUUUCUCUCUCUUACUUAAUCCUCUAAUGUGGCGAAGACAAUUCAGCAGUAGCGCAACUGCCAUUAACGCGCUAAAAGCCAAAAAAUGGGACGCCGUAGUAAUUGGCGGCGGCCACAACGGCUUAACGGCGGCGGCGUACUUAGCUCGCGGCGGCUUAUCCGUCGCCGUCAUUGAGCGCCGCCAUGUCCUCGGCGGCGCUGCUGUUACGGAGGAGUUAAUCCCUGGGUUUAAGUUCUCUCGUUGCAGUUACCUCCAGAGUCUUCUUCGUCCUUCCAUUAUCAAGGAGUUGGAAUUGGAGAGGCAUGGAAUGAAGAUGCUGAAGAGAGUUCCGGCGUCGUCAUUUACGCCUUGUUUGGAUGGGAGAUAUCUUUUGUUAGGGCCAGAUAAAGAGCUUAAUCGUUCCGAAAUCUCUAAGUUCUCCUUGAAUGAUGCUGAUGCUUAUCCUAGAUAUGAGAGUCAGCUUGAAAGUUUCUGUAAAUUUUUGGAUCCGAUUCUGGAUUCACCGACUCCUGAAAAUAUAGAAGGCACCUCAUCUUUUGGUGACAAGAUGAAAAAUAAGCUGUACAAGUCAACUUUUUGGUCGACCUGCCUUCAACGUGCGGUCUCCCUUGGGCAAAAAGAGAUGGUGGAUUUUAUGGACCUUCUUUUGUCCCCAGCUUCGAAGGUUCUAAAUAACUGGUUUGAGUCUGAUGUCCUAAAAGCAACACUAGCAACAGAUGCUGUAAUAGGGAGCAUGGCAAGUGUAAACACGCCAGGUAGUGGGUAUGUUUUGCUACAUCAUGUGAUGGGAGAAACAAAUGGAGAUCGUGGCGUAUGGUCAUAUGUGGAAGGGGGAAUGGGCUCUGUCUCCUUAGCCAUCAGUCAUGCUGCAAAGGAAGCUGGAGCUCACAUAGUGACUAGCACUGAAGUUUCACAGCUGAUGGUUGGGGACUCUGGAGCUGCAGAAGGGGUAUUGCUGGCUGAUGGAACGGAGAUUCAUUCUUCUGUUGUUCUAUCAAAUGCAACUCCUUAUAGAACUUUUGUGGAAUUAAUGCCAGAUUAUAAACUUCCUGAUCAGUUUAUUCGCACAAUUAAAAAUUGUGACUAUAGCUCGGGAACCACGAAAAUUAAUUUAGCAGUUGAUAAGUUGCCCCAGUUUGAUUGUUGCAGUAGCAAAAUGAGCCACCUGGAUUCUGGCCCUCAACAUGUUGGUACUAUUCACAUUGGAUCUGAGAGCAUGGAGGAGAUUCACUCAGCCUGCCAAGAUGCUUUGAAUGGCUUGCCAUCACGAAGACCAGUUAUGGAAAUGACUAUUCCUUCUGUUUUAGACAAAACAAUAUCUCCUCCAGGAAAACAUGUAAUCAACUUAUUUAUUCAAUACACACCCUAUCAACCAUCAGAUGGUAGUUGGCAGGACACUGCGUACAGGGAGUCAUUUGCAAACCGGUGUUUCUCCUUGAUUGAUGAGUAUGCACCUGGCUUCAGUUCAUCAGUUCUUGGAUAUGACAUGCUUACUCCUCCAGACUUAGAGAGAGAAAUUGGCUUAACAGGAGGGAAUAUCUUCCAUGGAGCUAUGGGAUUAGAUUCUCUCUUUCUUAUGAGACCUGCAAAAGGAUGGUCAAAUUACAGGACACCAUUACAAGGGUUGUAUCUGUGUGGAAGUGGAGUUCAUCCGGGCGGAGGGGUUAUGGGAGCACCUGGCCGUAACGCCGCGCAAAUAGUUCUAAACGAUUUUAAGAAAUAAGAUGGCCAGGUAGAAUCACACUGAAUUUAUGAUUAAACCUGUUUAUAUUCUCAUUUUCCCAUUCAUGGCACCAUUUCACCGUUGUACAAAUGAGAAUAUUUUCAUGUAUUUUACAUUUACCUUAAACUUUAGGAAUGUAAUUCAUUUAAGUCCGUAUAA